GUUGAAGAAAUCACCACCACGGCCAAAUUUGGAGACUUGAUAGAAUUUGCUUACCCCAUCGGAUAUUCACACUGGGGAGUUUAUGAUCAAGACAGAUAUGUAUUUCAUUUUGCUUUUGCGGUCAUUCCAAACAGUCAAACCAGUUUCUCACACAACACACCCUGCAAAGUGCUGCCACAGUGCUCGCUCUAACUGAAGGAGUCGGCUAUGGAUUAUCAGGAGCAGGUUGAAGAAAUCACCACCACGGCCAAAUUUGGAGACUUGAUAGAAUUUGCUUACCCCAUCGGAUAUUCACACUGGGGAGUUUAUGAUCAAGACGGAUAUGUAUUUCAUUUUGCUGUUGCGGAUGAGAAGCAACUUAUGAACAACAUUCGUACUUACCUACAAAAAAUGUUCCCGGUGUGCGGCGACCUUCUCCUUGGGCAGACCAGGAUCCGCAGGGUGCCUCUCGGUGAGGUGAACGUCCCGAAGGGCGUCCACGUCUGUAUCGGCAACACGAGACACGACUUCACCCCCUCAACCCCGGAGCAGAUGAAACAGCGGUGUGACGCCCUUCUCGAUCAGGACUUACCAUAUAAACUUUUCACCCUCAACUGCGAGCACUUUGCUACUUUUGUACGUUAUGGAACAGCAGUGUGCAACCAGCUUCCUGGUAGAACGAAGAAUAAAGAGUGUGAGUUGGCAACUGAAACCUUCAAGAACAUUGUCAGCCCUAAAGAAACUGAUGCAGGUCCCUUGAGGGAAACCUCUGACUUCUUUAAUUCACAUGUAUGGUAGGAAAAUGUAUUCAAAAGGGGAAUGAGGUAAACAUUGGUGUAAUUCGUACAUAGUCUGGUGGAAUAUAUGAAUCCUCUUUGUAUUAAUUCAGCAAAUCAUUUAUACUAAUCAUUUACAGAUUCUGCAACUCAUGGGCCAUGGGUGUGUUCUCAUGCAACCUCAGCCUAACAUGCCAAGUGUUCAAUUGUAACCUAGGCUCAAGUAUUUAUGUAUGUGGACGAGGGGAAGUACAGUGACUGCAGAGGAGCUUCCAACAUUGUAGUUUAACAUUUUACUUGAGCCUAACUCCAGAGGAGGGCAGUGCUGCGUCGAAAGCCCUAAAAACGGCAAACAGUUAAUCAACAGUUGCUAUCAGGACUGGUAAUCAAUUACUAAUUGUCUUCAUGUUGACAAAGGUAUCAUUUCAUUGUAUAGUUGGAUUUCUAAGCAUUGACUAAGCAUUAAGCAACUGUAGUAACAUGUCUUGUUAACAUGUAAUGGGGUUUUAAAUUAUAUAAACAUUAUAGCAGCAUUUAUAGCAGUAAGAGAGUUGCAGAUUGUAAGAAAAAAUAUACUGCUCUUUCCCAGGUGUUUUGGUCUCUGGUGGCCUUGGUAGGGUAAUAGGUAAGAAUAGGAUUGUAUUACUACAAGGCGCUCACAUGAUCAAUACUCAGUACAUUCCCAUGACUAAAUAAUGCUUUUAAGAACGUAUAUCAUUUUAAACAAAUAAAUUCAGAAUAGAAUUAAUUCAAAGGAAUGAUAAAUGUUAAAUGGACAAAAUUUGUAUUUCUCUUUUUAAGUCUUCCCACCCACAUCUUUUAAUACUACAUGUCUACAUUCACCCAUUUUCUUAUCUUCAAAGGCAAAUAGAUGAGAACAAGCAGAGCCAUUUUCUUUUAGAUCAAACUAUACUGAGACAUAUUGUAUUAUGGUGCAUUAUACCAUAUUUUUUCUAAUAUCACCCUAAACUACAACAUUGUUUAUGAUUUUUUAUGGCUUGAUAUACGAUAACAAUUUCAAAAAUACACUAUGAUAAUAAAUGAAUAAAUAAACUAUAAUACUUUCAUGUUUUUUAGACAUUCUAUCCAAUGAUCUAUUUGAUUAAAUACAUAAAGAGUUAUGAAAUGUUUAGCAUACUAUGCCAUUUUAAUUACAGUAAACUAAAGUUAAGUUAAGGGGUUUCAUGAUUUUGUUUUCAAGGCAUAUUAUGCAAUAAAAUAUUUUGUUACAUUUUUAUGACAUUAAAUACUACCGUGUGACAUUUUUCUGAUCUCUUACUCACUUUAACAAUUUGUGUGUUGUACUAUGAUAUUUUUAUGGCACAUUAUAGUAUGAUAAGAUGUAUAAUAUUCUUAACUGUUCGGUUCUUUAGUUUAAUUUUAGUCACUGUUCUCUGUUCUAAAGCAAACAAACAAGAUAAAGGUUUGGAUGCUUGA